AAUGACUCUCUACAGGACAGAUAGUGCACUAUAGAGGGCGUAGAAGCCUUUCAUUCAUGUACGCGAUAUUGUACUUCUAUAGGAUUUACUGAGUAGGAUACAGGUUUAUGUUCGUUAAAAACAAAAAAACAAAAACCUUAUCUCUAUCCAUUCUUAAUUCCGGUGUGUUAGUGUAGCAAGUCGCCAUCACUGACCGCGCAGAGGUGAAACACACACAUACACACAUACACACACACAGCAGGACUAACACUAGCACAUCCACGUCAGGACUCCAUACUGCUUUAAAGUCACCGUGGAAACCCUGUCCACCACCCCGAAGCGGUUCAGCAUGAGCAGGGAGACACACUGCCGCUGUUUCCGCUAGUAAUCCGCUCAGUUUCCGCCAUGAGCUCGGACACGGAGGCAGAGAGCUGGGCCGAGUGCCUGGAUGUGGCCGUGAGGACAGCGCUCAGAGCCGGCCAGUGGUCCUCUCUCCCUCUCAGAUGGUCCGCGUGUCCGUGAUGCAAGAGAAGCGUGUGAGCAGUAAAAGCACUCCUACAGACCUGGUGACAGAGGCUGACCAGCACGUGGAGGAGCUGAUCAUCUCCACACUCAGGGAGAAGUUUCCCUCACACAGGUUUAUUGGAGAGGAAUCGUCUGCUGCAGGAGAGAAGUGUGUUCUCACAGAUAACCCUACAUGGAUAAUAGAUCCUAUUGAUGGCACCUGUAAUUUUGUUCACAGUUUUCCCAUGGUUGCAGUAAGCAUUGGCUUUGCAGUAAAGAAACAGCUGGAGUUCGGUGUCAUAUACCACUGUUUUGAUGGAACGUUAUACACAGGCAGGAGAGGUCACGGGGCAUUCUGCAAUGGAGUCCGACUCCACGUUUCAAAGGAGAAAGAUGUUUCCAAAGCUCUCAUUCUAACAGAGAUUGGGGCAAAGCGAGAUCCUCUCACACUGGAUGUCUUUUUGGGGAAUAUGAAGCAGCUGCUGAGUACACCAGUCCACGGAGUGAGGAUCAUAGGCAGCUCAACUCUAGCACUCUGUCAGGUUGCGUCCGGAGCAGCCGAGGCUUACUACCAAUAUGGUCUGCACUGCUGGGACAUCGCUGCAGCAGCACUUAUCAUCACUGAAGCAGGCGGCUGUGUGAUCGACACCACAGGGGGUCCUCUUGAUCUCAUGUCCCGCCGUGUUGUAGCUGCUGGUUCCCAGGAGAUAGCAGAUUACAUCGUCCAGCAGCUCAAGCCAAUCAGCUACGGGCGUGAUGACGAUGACCCCUGACCCAGUGACCAGCCUUGAGCCCUUCAUCAGCAAAUCUCAGCCUUUUACCUCAAAUCCCUACAAUCCUGCCAUGUUAUCUGCAGUGUCUUUUAUGCAAUGCUCUUUUUUUAUAGAGUUUCUGAUUUUUUUUCGUCACUCCACCGGAGGACUACAGUAAUGCCUUAUAUUGCAGUGCUUUUUCCUGAGGAAAUAUAUGAGUGAAUAAACUGAACCUAAUUACUUACUGCACUGCACAUUCCUGAGCAUUAGUAAGGAUUUUAGAAACUAGGUCCCAUUAUGCAAUUCAUGUAUUUACUCAGGAAUUAAACAAGUCUUUUGUAAUCUAAGGCUUUAACUUAUGUAAGAAAAAGUAACCACUGUAUAAUGACACAAAAUGAAAGAUAAUGUAAACAUAUAAAAAAUUAUCAUUAUUGUGUUUAUUUAUUAAUACCAGUGUGAACAUCUUUGCUUAUGUAGUUUACUGUGUUGUGUGUUGCAUGGUCAACAAAGUUCAGUGUAUUCCUACAGCUUCAGAUUUACUCUAGGUUUGGAACAGACGAGUGUUUUUCAUACAUGUUCUUCUGUAGCAAAUGAAAAAGCACUGAAUAUAAGGAAUUGAGGUUCCCUGCUGUGGGUCCAGCAUUUUAUUAUAGUGAAUAAUGCACCAUAAUAAUCGUAGUGUAGCUCCCAUAAAGCCUUCACCAUGUGGCAGGAAUAUGAAGUGGAUUAUUCUCUAUACUGUAAAGCCACAGCACCUGUGAAUAAAUAGACGCUGUAGAUAGAACAUUCAGGAGUAAUUUCACUUGGAUUAAAUGGUUCAACCACAAACAACUUUCAGGAAAUUUUCACUGUAUUCACUGUAACAGCUUACAAUGAUUACAGUUUACCAUUUAGUAACCCAUGCUCCAUUUAUGUAGACUCCAUAUGGACUAAUCCACUACUUUGCCUGUGAAUUUGAAUGAUCUAAUCAGCCAAUCAUAGCGCAAUGCACAAAAUCAUGCAGAUACAAAUUAACAGCUUCAGUUAUUGUUCACAUCAAACAUCAGAAUGAAGAAAGAAUGUGAUCUUGGUGACUUUGACCGUGGUUGUUUGUGCCAGAUAGGCUAGUUUGAGUAUUUCAAAAAUUGAUGAUGUGGAAUUUUUCACAUGCAACAGUCUCUCAGGUUUACACAAACUGGUGCAAAAAACAAAAACAGUUCAUAGAAAAUUUGUUCUUUUCCAAUUUUCAGCUGUCUAGUUUCGGUAAUCCUGUGCCCAUGACAGUGUUCAGAUUCCUGUUCUUGGCUGACAGUUGCAGAACCUGAUGUGAUCUGCUGUUAUAGCCCGUCCGCCUCAUAUGUAUUUCGGUUUCUUGGUGAUGUAUCAGUGUAUAUCAGGGAUACUUUUCUGCUCAAGAGUUGUUGUAAAGAGUUACCAUAUCCCUCCAGUCAGCUUGAACCAGUGUGGCUAUUCUCCACUGACCUACACACAACAAGGCCUUUCUGCCCUCAGAAUUUCUGCUCACUGGAUGUUUUUUUGUUUUUCACACUAUUCUCUGUAAACUCUAGAGACUGUUGUGUGUUUAAAGGACAAUGGGUAGACCCAUUGAUAAGAUUAUACACCCUUGGUGUAGACUGUAAAUACUGAACUGUAAUUAAAGUUUUAAUCUGAAUUUGAGUGACCAGCCAUUAGUGUACUUGGCUCUCACAUGAAGGGGAUAAGCUGUUUUAAUAUUCACGGUUUACCUUUUUAUGAAUUUUAUAAUGAGCCACUACACAAAUAACAAUUUGUCUCCUUUCAGGGCAGUACCUGUGUGUGUGUGUGUGUGUGUAUGUUAGAUGAGCAUUCCUCACUGAUCCCAUCUUGUUGUGAACUGAACACUAAUGUACACAUAGUACUGCUCUUUUAUUGCCUACAAUGUUAGCACCUGUAUGAAUUUCAGGUGGUCAUACAGUCAAUAUCCAGUGUGUGUUUCAAUUGAAUUAUAAAUAAAGUUUGAAGACAGUUUAACAAGUUUGAUGA